AUGAGCAUAAGAUUUUCUUCCAUGUUCUCUACCUUUGCUCUUGCCGACGGCUGUUUCUUCGGCUUCGAUUUCAUCAUCGGGCAACACAAAAAAAAUCAGUGUUCAUGUUGGUUGUUCGAUUGCUGUCUGAAAUGUAACGCCGACCACCCUCUUCGACGUGCUCACAACCCUUCGUUUUCGUCUCCUCUCUCAACUGCCCAUUGUGAAGGUCUUCUAUCACAAUCCCUAUUAGGGCUCGAUUUUGAGUUCAUCAAACAUUUACCAGCCAGUUGCUGUAAACGUGAUUCAGUGCUUUCUCUUCGAUUUUUUGCUUCUUAUCAGAUUCUGAAACCGAUUGUCGACGCCAAAUCAAAGUUGAAGAGGCAAUGGCAAUUACAAGGAUACAAGAUCGAAGAUAUUGAAAUUCAGUUUAUACUGAAUAAUCAAGGUUUAUAA